AUGCUUGCUACUUUUGAUGUCUAUGUUGGAAGGGGAGAAGUCAAUGUUGGUUACGAAAUAACCACGAUCGACAUCUGGAACCGGAGAGAAGCGCCCAUUACUCCAUGCAUUGUGGCGCUAAUGGCAGAGUUUGCCUACUACAGGAAGGAACGUAGACAUAGCCUUUUGAUCCGCCCAAGGGAAUUUGGUGUUCUUCCCCGGAAUGUUAAGUUAUUUUCUCCAGCAGACGGUCAAUGUCCAACCAAGAAGCCGUUCAAACCCGGCUUUUGCAGCCUUGUACUCGGCUCUAGACAUCACUUUUUAAAAUACUACACCCGGCGGUUCCAGGCUUUGCUCCACUCCUAUCCAACUCCAAAUAGCCGCCUUGCGUCGCCAACCAACAAAAGCACCCCUGUCCGCCUUGUGCUACCCCGCACCUGA